AUGUUGGUGUUGGAUAUGGAAUCUGAGAAUAAUAAUAAUAAUCCUGCAGAAGCAGAAUAUUGGUUCUCCCGCUUCCUGGAAAAUUUUUCAAAAAUCCCUCGACAACAUAUUAAUACGUUAGUAGUGCUAAAACUUGGUUGUUAUGAAAUUCUUCCAUUGCCUUUGAAACGUUGCUUUCUCUACUACUGUAGAUUAUUCCCUAAAGGAUUUGAAAUUGAGCGUGAAACCUUAAUAAAUCUUUGGGUGGCGCAAGGUUUUAUUUAUUCUUAUUCAUCACCAUCAAAAUCUGUGGAAAACGUGGGCUAUGAGUACUUUGAAUAUUUAGAGUACAGGUCCUUCUUUAAAGCUACUGGGAGGAACUAUAUCGUGCCAAGCCUUAUGCACGAGCUUGGAAUUCUUGUAUCAGGAGCGGCAAGAUCAAUUCAAUAUGUAUCUUUUGAAUUAGAAUCAUCAAAAAUUCCAACUUCAGUAGCGUUUCAAGCAAAAAGACUUCGAGCAUUAACUGUUUUUCCUAACAAUCAGUUGCGCAGGGAAAUUGAAGGGGGACUAAGUCAGCCAAUCUACCACAAGACUACCUCAAAUUGUAAAUUGUUACGUGCAUUGUAUUUGCAUAAUUCAGUCAUGGAAAUUGUGCCAGAUUCUAUUGGUAAGUUGAAGCAUCUAAGAUAUCUGGAUAUUUUUGGAAAUCCGGAUAUCAAGGCAUUGCCCAAUUCAAUUACAACGCUUCAUGGUUUGAUAACGCUGAAGCUGUCCUCAUGUUAUGGACUCAAAGAGUUGCCCAGAGAUAUUAAGAAACUAAUCAACCUCAAACAUCUUGAGAUUGAUUGGUGCUACAAUUUGACUCAUAUGCCGAGUGGACUUGGUCAGCUAACUCAGCUUGAGAAGUUAUCAGAAUUUGUGUUGUUGAAUAAUAAGGAGGGCAAUAUUUGGAAUUCGUGUUCCCUAAAAGAACUGGCGAAGCUAAACAAUUUGAGAGGAGAGCUUAAAAUUAAAAAUUUGGGAAAUUCAGAAGAUGAUUAUUCUUGCAAAAUAUUGAAGGAGAAAAGGGAACUUAGAUCCUUGACACUGUCUUGGGAUUUCAUUGCUAAUGUUGGGGGUGGAUAA